AGACGACUAAAGACAGGUCUCCCCACACCGGUCCAGGAGCCACAUUUGCUGCGUGUCCUUCUGUCGAGAACCUGCUCCGACGUCAGGCCGAGGCCAACCGUGUUCUGCUGAAAUGGGCUCUGAGCUGGAGACUGCCAUGGAGACCCUCAUCAACGUGUUCCAUGCCCAUUCCGCCAAGGAAGGGGACAAAUACAAGCUGAGCAAGAAGGAGCUGAAAGACCUGCUGCAGAUGGAGCUCUCUGGCUUCCUGGAUGUCCAGAAGGACGCAGAUGCUGUGGACAAGGUAAUGAAGGAACUGGAUGAAAACGGAGAUGGGGAAGUGGAUUUCCAGGAGUAUGUUGUGCUGGUGGCUGCUCUCACAGUGGCUUGUAACAACUUCUUCUGGGAAAACAGUUGAGCACACAGUCAGUGGGCCGCGCCCUUCUCUCCCCUUUAGCCUGCUUGCUCCUCACCCCACCUGUGCCUCCCUAUGUCCCCAGCCUUGCCCAGUCUCAGCAAGCACCAAGGGCGCAGGGUGGCAGUCCAGAUCUGCCACUCGUUUUAAUAAAGUCUUCUCUCUCGCCAACUAUCAA